AUGGGGGACAAUGACAAUAAUUCUAGUGAGACCGACGUUCCAUUGAAUUCUGAUGGCAAUUCAGACGAUGAUUCUGAUGGCGAUUCAGACGAUGAUUUUGUUUUUCCUCAUCUUGCAAACGAUUAUGCAAAUCCCGUAAAAAUGAGAGUAUCUUCGAUCGAUCUCAGCAAUGACGAAGAUACAAAAAGCAACGAAGAAAAUGAUGAUCAGAGGAUGAGAGAGGUUACUGAUUCGGCGAUACGGAGAGUGUUCAGAGAAGAUGAGAGUCGUUGGAAUGCUUCGUUGACAGCCGAGACGGCGACGAGACUACACAGUGGUGAACAAAUUGUUUUGGGCUACAUUCAGAAUUCUGAUGGCAAUUCAGACGAUGAUUCUGAUGGCAAUUCAGACGAUGAUUUUGUUUUUCCUCAUCUUGCAAACGAUUAUGCAAAUCCCGUAAAAAUGAGAGUAUCUUCGAUCGAUCUCAGCAAUGACAAAGAUACAAAAAGCAACGAAGAAAAUGAUGAUCAGAGGAUGAGAGAGGUUACUGAUUCGGCGAUAUGGAGAGUGUUCAGAGAAGAUGAGAGUCGUUGGAAUGCUCCGUUGACAACUGAGACGGCGGCGAGAGUGAUGGAGGGUUGGGGGCCAAGAAUUCUAUAUUGGACCAAAGCUCCAAACUUUGAAGAUUGA